UGAAUUAGUGCAACCAGUUCAGUUCUAAAGAACAAACCAAAUGCGUCGCUCCUCGCGAAGCGUAGAGUGUCGAUCUUAGGUGCACGCGAACAGAGUUUUGGAGCGAAAUUCGGUCUCUCCUUUAACCUGCUUAUCGCGACAGGAUAUACCGUCGCACGUUCGUUACGUGACGCACUCGCUCCGAUAAAUCGCGUGUCUGUACGUCAUUCAAUGUGUCACACGUUUUCGGAAACGAAUCGCCGCAAGGAGCGAGUCUGUAACCUUCCUGGCGGAAAAUCGCCAACGACACGAAGGCUGUUAUCAUGUUAUGGCCCUCUCUAAAUUGUGUUACGCCGCAUUGGAUUGUACGAUAUACCGCUGUCUGAGGAGUAGCGUGCCUGGCGAAGGGCCCACGAGUGCCUUUUCUUCAUUAAGGCGAUACUGUUCGAAGCGCAUUAUGAAGGUUCUCAAUGUUGCCGAGAAGCCCGACGCGGCUAAGAACAUCGCAGGCUAUCUGUCGCGCGGUGCCAGCAGAAAGAGGGAAGGUUUGUCAGUGUACAACAAGAUCUUUGAGUUUAAUGUGCAACUAUGGGGCCAGAACUGCCAAAUGCUGAUGACGUCUGUGUCCGGCCACUUGUUGGGCUACGAUUUCACAGGAACGUACAGCAAGUGGCACGGCUGUCAUCCGUUGAGCCUGUUCGACGCUCCGGUGACCAAGCAGUGCUUGGUGGAUAAUUACGUGAAGAUUAAGAAAACCUUGGAGCGAGAGGCGCGAUCCUGUAAUGCGUUGGUCAUAUGGACAGAUUGCGACAGAGAGGGGGAGAACAUAGGCUUUGAGAUUAUUGAGGUCUGCCAAGCAGUCAGGUCUAAUAUCCGUGUAUAUAGAGCAAAAUUCUCGGAAAUUACGAGACAGUCUAUCGAAAGAGCCCUGCAAACUUUGGGAGAACCAGAUAAGGCAAUAAGCGAUGCCGUAGAUGUAAGAAGCGAAUUAGACUUACGAAUCGGUGCUGCGUUCACGAGAUUUCAGACUUUGAGGCUGCAGAAAGUGUUCCCCAACACUCUCGGGGAUCUGCUCAUCAGUUACGGAAGCUGCCAGUUUCCGACACUUGGGUUCGUGGUCGAGAGAUUUCUCGCCAUUGAUCGGUUCGUAUCCGAGCCGUACUGGAAGUUGAGAGUGCUCGACGAUCGCGAAGGGUUAUCUGUAGAAUUCAGAUGGGUCAGGGUGAGAUUGUUUGAGAAGCUGCCUUGUCAGAUCUUUCUGGACAUGUGCCUGGAACGGCCUGAAGCCACUGUGGAGAAGGUGACAUGCAAACCGAAAAGCAAAUGGAGACCUCUGCCCCUGGAUACCGUCGAAUUGGAGAAGCAGGGCUCUCGUAAGUUGCGCAUAAACGCGAAGGAGACGAUGAGGAUCGCGGAGCGAUUGUACACCCAGGGUCUCAUCAGUUAUCCGCGCACGGAAACGAAUAUAUUCCCGAAGGAAUUGAAUCUGGCACCGUUGGUGGAGCAACAAGUGGUCAAUCCGCAAUGGGGCGACUUCGCGGGAAAUUUACUGCAAUCAGGAAUAACUCCCAGACAAGGAAAGAAGAGCGAUCAAGCGCAUCCUCCUAUUCAUCCUACAAAGUAUACAGACAGUUUGCAAGGAAACGAAGCAAAGGUCUACGAAUUUGUCGUUCGACAUUUUCUCGCUUGUCUGUCGAAGAACGCAGAGGGCCGAGAAACGACAGUGGAGAUCAAUAUCGCGGGAGAGGGCUUCACGGCUAACGGCCUCGAAGUCAUAGCGAAGAAUUAUCUCGACGUGUAUAUAUAUGACAAAUGGAACGACAAGCAGAUUCACUCCUAUGAGCAGGGGCAGGUUUUUCGACCGACCAGCAUCGACAUGGUGGAGGAGAAAACUUCGCCACCGAAUUUAUUAACCGAGGCCGAGUUGAUCACACUGAUGGACAAGCACGGCAUCGGUACGGACGCUACUCACGCCGAGCACAUCGACACCAUCAAAUCCAGACAAUACGUGGGCUUAACGGACACUCAACAUUUUAUGCCCGGCAAAUUGGGGAUCGGUCUGGUCAUGGGUUACGACAAUAUGGGUUUCCAAAUGUCCAAACCGCAUUUGCGCGCGGAAUUAGAAAGAGAUUUACAGCUGAUAUCCCAGCGUCAGAAAAACCCGAAUGAAGUGCUGCAAAAUCAAAUUAAUAAGUAUCGCGAGGUGUUCAAAGUGGCGAUAGAACGCGCUAAUCUGAUAGACGACUCUUUAGCGCAAUAUCUUGACGAGAGGCCAAUCCAAACCGAGCAGGCACGGCUCGUAGCAGAGGACGUUCCUGUGUUCAAGUGUCCGAAGUGCGGCUCUAACAUGAUUCUAAAAGAGAGGCGACAAGGCAGAGGAAAGUACAUCACUUGCAUAGGAUAUCCAGCGUGCACCAACGUGGUCUGGUUCUCAGAAGCUGUGAAAGAUGUGGAAGUUUUGAACGAAACAUGCAAUCAGUGUACAGACAACAUACGCAAAUUAAAGUUCCAAUUAGUCAGAAACGUGAUGCCCUUGUACGGCACUUCUUACACAACUUGUAUAGGCUGUGACACUGCGUUUGAUGAAAUGUUGAACAUUAAGCAAGACUGCAUCAAACAAACUGGAAGGGCGAAUCAGUCCGGUCACAAUAAUACGGGGAAUACAUGGAGCUCCACUUCUACCUCAAGUACAUCCCAAUCGCGAAGUACUCAACACCAGUCUGUUCCUAAUACUGCACAAUCCGUUCGAAGUACUCAACACCAGUCUGUUCCUAAUACUGCACAAUCCGUUCGAAGUACUCAACACCAGUCUGUUCCUAAUACUACACAAUCCGUUCGAAGUAACAACAACGUUGGCUUCAUCGGAACUUCCGGCACAUCUGGAAAUCGUGCCCAAAGCCAACAUUCUAACGUUUAUCAACCGAGUAGAUCGAAUAUGCCGAAUCCCGAUAGAAGUACAAUGUGGAACAAUAGAGAAAACCAGGCUCCCUGGAUUAAUUCGGACGAGCUCAACGACAGUUCACAGAACAGAUCGGACCAAUCUGCAGCUAGGAAUUCUCGCAACGCGAAUAAUACAACCGAUAUGUGGGGUAACGCUGACAACAAUGACUUUAUGUGUAAUUGCCACGAGCUUGCGAUUCAGUUAACAGUUAGAAAGGAGGGACCGAAUAAAGGACGUAUAUUUUACAAAUGCGCUAAACCGCAAGGUAGCGGUUGCAACUUUUUCAUGUGGGGAACCGACAACCCCGAGCCUCAAGAUAACGCAGCCAAUGAACAUUCAAGUUGGGACAGACAUAAUGGGUGGGACAGAAACAAUGGCGGUACUGGCAACUUUUCUCGCGUCGGCAAUUCUUCUAAUAACGACUGGGGAAACCCGUCCACGAACGAUGUUAUGUGCCAGUGCAAUCAGCCCGCUCGAAAGCUGACGGUUCACAAGGAUGGCCCCAAUAAAGGACGACAGUUUUACGGGUGCCCCAAAGGUAUGAAUUCCACUUGCAAUUUCUUCAAGUGGGCUGAAGAUGAGGAUGACGUCGGUGGUCAGAACACGGACUGGGGCAAUUCAACUGCGAGAAGAAGAGCUAAUACAGCACGUGGCGGAACCCAUCAUAGAGGCAAUGCCUCCAAAAGGCCCAGACUUACUGGGAGCAAGAGAAAGUGCGGAAUUUGCGGAAUAGAAGGUCACACGAGAACCACAUGUCCAGAAAACGCGAUGGACUGACGAGUGAAAGGUUUCUACGAUAUCGUAAAUAAUGUACAGUUUAUAAUUAGUGUUGUAAAAAGCUUAAUUAGUACAGAGCAGUGUCAAAUGCGACUGUUAUCUCUAAGACUCAACUCCUACCUCGUUGACAACUUUCAUACAUUCUGGAAAUAAGACUUUCUUUUAAAGGAAAGUGGUUUGACAAUCAGUCAAUGUUCUAUAGUUACUGUUUAUAUUCUUGGCGCAGUUAUCAAAAUUUAACAGAUUAAACGGCGACUCGUUUGUUGUGAAAAAAAUUAUUUUUCAAUCUCUCCAAUUCUUCUUUCUGCGAGUGGACCUCGGCGGUUGUUUGCGUUAGCUGUAAAACAGUAAACGAAUUAAUGUAACAAUUCUCGUCAUUACAUGUUUCUAUUAGUGUUGUAAUGAUGCUGUAAUGUUGAUUAAAUUAUUACUUUUG